AAUUACAUUCUCCAAAUUCACCCCAAAUUCUCUCUCUCUCUCUCUCUCUCUCCUCUCUCGAUCAAACUUAACACACACAAAACACACACAUGUAUAUGUUCGUCCCUAUCAUCUAGAAGUAAACACAAGUAAAGGGUGUUACUAUGUUGCUGUCUUAAAUCUCUCCCUCUCUCCCCCUCUCCCUCCCUCUCUCUCUGAGAUCUACAAACAAAGUUGUAUUAAUUACUCCACACAUUCUUCUCCAGAUCAACGCUGAGUAAAGCAUGUGCGGUGUGACAAAGUCGACAUCAACUUCAUCUACACAGUCUAACGGAGAAAGUAAAUCUGACAAGCAAAAUAUGGGUCCAUUGACUGUUGAGACUGAAGAAACUUUUUCUAAUUUACUUGAAUUCGCUGCUAACAAUGACUUUGAAGCCUUUAAGGCUUCAGUUGAGGAGAACUCUUUGGCAAUCGAUGAGGUUGGACUUUGGUAUGUUCGAAAGAAGGGUUCAAAGCAAAUAGUUCUUGAGCACCGAACUCCUUUGAUGGUUGCCGCUACAUAUGGUAGUCUUGAUGUUAUUAAGUUUAUCAUCUCUCAGCCUUCAGUUGAUGUUAAUCUUGCCUGUGGCCCGGACAAGUGCACUGCUCUUCACUGUUCUGCUUCUGGAGGCUCUGUUAAUGCUGUUGACGUUGUUAAGCUGCUUUUGGGAGUGGGUGCGGAUCCACAUAUCAAGGAUGCAAAUGGUCAGCGUGCUGUUGAUGUGAUUGUGGCCCCUCCGAAAGUUCUUAAUGUUAAAGCAUCUCUGGAGGAGAUGUUGCUGGGUAGUGUUUCGGAUGGCUCAGUUGAAGAGUGCAAAUUACGAGUAUCCAUUUCCUCUUCCAGUUACUCCCCAAGCCUGUCUUCUUCACCAGAUAAUGGGUCCCCUUGUUCCCCUUCAGAUUUGGUAUCCUCUCCAAUGCUUUCGAAGUUUACAGAUGUUCCUAAUGGUGCUAUAUCUGAGAAGAAAGAAUAUCCAGUUGACCCGUCUCUUCCAGACAUUAAGAAUAGCAUAUAUUCUACUGAUGAAUUCCGCAUGUUCUCUUUCAAGGUCAGGCCUUGUUCAAGGGCUUAUUCUCAUGAUUGGACUGAGUGUCCUUUUGUUCAUCCAGGGGAGAAUGCUCGAAGAAGGGAUCCCAGGAAGUUUCAUUAUAGCUGUGUACCAUGCCCCGAUUUUCGCAAAGGUACUUGUAGGCGUGGUGAUAUGUGUGAAUAUGCCCAUGGAGUGUUUGAAUGCUGGCUACACCCUGCUCAAUACCGAACACGGCUCUGUAAGGAUGUGACUAGUUGUGAUAGAAGGGUUUGUUUUUUUGCCCAUACCCCGGAAGAGCUUCGUCCCUUGUAUGUAUCUACUGGGUCUGCAGUGCCAUCUCCUCGUUCCAGUGCAUCGGCUGCUAGUGUAAUGGACAUGGCUGUUGCUAUGAAUCUUCUGCCUGGUUCUCCAUCAUCUGCUUCUAUGAUGUCUCCUUCUGCAUUUAAUCAACCCAUGUCUCCAUCGGGUAAUGGUGCUCACUCAUCUUUGGCUUGGCCUCAACCAAAUGUUCCCACCCUUCAUCUACCUGGAAGCAACAUGCAAUCAAGUCGCUUGAGAUCUUCCCUUAGUGCCCGUGAUAUCCCUCCGGAGGACCUGCAAUUAUUGCAAGAUAUGGAUGCCCACCAACUUCUAUUGAAUGAUUUGGCCUGCCUCUCACAGUCUCGCCCCAGCCCUGUGUCUCUUAGCCGUUCUGGUCGACCCAAGACAUUGACUCCAUCUAAUCUUGAGGAUUUAUUUUCAGCUGAGCUGGCUUCUUCUCCUCGCUAUUCUGAUCAGAUGGCUUCAGCUAGUGCUUUCUCUCCAUCACACAGAUCAGCUGUUUUCAAUCAGUUCCAGCAGCAGCAAAACAUGCUUUCACCUAUCAAUACCAAUGUGUUCUCUCCUAAAAAUGCUGAUCAUCCAUUGUUGCAGGCUUCUUAUAGUGUCUCUUCUCCAGGAAGAAUGUCUCCCAGGACUGUAGAUCCAAUCUCUCCUAUGGGUUCUCGUCAAACUGCUUUUGCCCAACGAGAGUUCCAGCAACCGCAGCAAAUGCGUUGUCUGAGCUCCCGUGAUCUCAGCACUAAUAAUGUUUCCAUGGUCGGGUCUCAGGUAAAUUCUUGGUCUAAAUGGAGCUCUCCAAGUGGAAUAGUCGAUUGGUCAGUUAAAGGGGAUGAACAUUCCUGGUUGCCAAGGUCGUCUUCGAAUGACCUCAACAAGAACACAGAGGAACCUGACAUUUCAUGGGUUCAGUCUCUUGUGAAAGAAUCACCACCCGAGAUGAAAGAUAAAUUGCCAGCUUCAGUUGCUAGUGCUGCUCCAUCCGGUGAGGGUUUGAAAUCUAAUCCCCAGGCUGAGUCCGUUGAUCAUACAGUUCUAGCUGCCUGGAUUGAGCAGAUGCAGCUUGAUCGGCUCUCAGUCUAGUAAAUGAUCAAUUUUAUUUUCAUUUACCAAUAAACAAAGUAGGCAACUUUUUAUAAUUUUUUUUGGCUGGGAAGAAGGAUAUGAUCCGUAAAGGUAACUUUUGGUGGAGGGUGAAAAGAAGUAAGAAGGUAACAGAUGCAAGAUUUUCAUUUUGUUCUAAUAUCAUUAAUUGUUUCUGCAAAGGAGGCAGAAUAUGGUGGACUGAACUUUCUCUGGCUGUUACGGAAGGUACACAGUCCGUGUUAGGUAAGUCUCUUAUGAUGUCUCAUAACUUUAGAAUUUAUUAUUUUUUAAAAGUAUUACAGUACCAUAUUUUCCUUACAAAACUUUAAGCCAUUAAAUUGUUGUCUUGUUACCAAUGUACUAUUCUCCAAACUCUAAAGUGAGCUCUUUGGAGACGGAAAAAGGUUAUUGCUGUAAUUGUUCAUAAUGCAUUCGGUUCUUGUCUUCAGAGUCCGGAGAGGGUAUUUUUGUGGGAAUAGUUAUUAUGUAGAGUUGCAACAAUCUGUUUCUUUGAUGAUGUAAACCUGAAUUAAAGUUAUUAUAUUAUUUCAUUUUUA